CCCCAUCUCCAACUCAUCUCCACUCCCACCCAUCACACCAUCAAAAUGGUUGCCAUUGCACGAUCCUUCGGCGCCGCCCGUCUGGCCGCCCGCUCCGUCCAGGCUGGCAAGCCCGCCUCCCGCUUCGUCUCGACCCAGGCUCCUGUCCGCCAGAACACCCUCGUCCAGAACAGCGCUUUCCGCAACGCCUUCAAGAACAACUCCGCCCGCAACAUGAUCCAGUCUCGCGGCAUCGUUGCUGAGACCACCGCCGGAGCUAUGGUCGCUGCUGCUAAGCUCCAGGGUGCCGGUCUUGCCACCAUUGGUCUUGCUGGUGCUGGUGUCGGUAUCGGAACGGUGUUCGGUGGCCUCAUCCAGGGUGUCGCCCGCAACCCUUCCCUCAGGGGUCAGCUCUUCCAGUACGCCGUUCUCGGUUUCGCCUUCGCUGAAGCUACUGGUCUCUUCGCCCUCAUGAUGUCCUUCUUGCUCCUCUACGUUGCAUAGAGUGGUGCGCUGCGCUGGGCACUCUGUCUUCUCGGGUCAUCGGUUCGGGUAUCAGGGUGGAAAAUUUUGCAAAUGGGUGUGUGCAUACAAGACAUCUUUUUCCUUAGUUUAGUGGCCGGUCAGAUUGUGUAAAACCCAUGUACUUUAGAUCUACAAUCUGAAGAGCAAGCUGCCGCUUCACUGCUCUUAAUCUGACUCCCG